CCCAGCACCCCCCCCAGCUCCCCAAAUUCCGCACGCCUGCCCGCUGCGUCUUUGUGUGUUUGUUGCAGUGCAAUUGCCGAUAGAACCUCUUUACGAGACUCCAUUCACUCAUCCCAGCGCCGGCCGCAUUCCAUUCAUUCCAUCUUUCCCGCAUAUACGAAAGAAUAAAAAGAAAAGGAAACGAAAAAGAAAACAACAGGCUCGCACCCAAGUCACCGAGUAACAUCUCGAACCCGAACAUUCAUCUCGCUCACUACCUAUAUAUCGGGCUUUCUGGGACUGCCUGAACUCGGACGGGGUUCUGCCAACCAAACACACUCGCUCUCCCUCACCACUCACCAGCACUCACUCACUCUCGCACUCCCUCACUCACUCACACAGUCAUGUCAGCCCGCCUGUUGGUAGGAGCCGUUCUUACGUCCGUGUGGGUUGCGAACGUCCUGGUUGCCGCCGCUGCUACAAGCGCACCAGUCGCCAGUGGAAACGCCACCAGUGCUGCGGCCGGCAGCGGAAACAGUACUAAGGCUGCGGCCAGCGGAGGCCAUGGAGCUCCCGAUGAGGACGAGAUUCGUGCUGAGUUGUUGAACUCGAACUUCAGCAAAUGGAUGGUCAUCGCUCUGGGAGCCUUUGCGUUCCUGCCGAUGCUGUACCGCGGCAUCUCGGUCAUAUAUGCCCAGAUCCGUCUGCUGGUCUCGCUCAACACCGAGAACCAACGGUACUUUGCCUCGCCCGGCGGCGAGCUCAUCCCGUGGCUGAAGAAGAACGUCUUCUACGCCCCGCUGCUCCGCGUCCGCCACAACCGCGAGUUCCAGCUCUCGACCGCCGUCAACGUUGGUACCCUCCCGACUAGGUUCCAAACUUUCUUCUUGGUGGGAUAUGUUGCCACCAACAUCAUCUUCUGCACGUACAAGCUCGACUAUUCCGACACGCAGACGAUGCUGAGCGAGCUCAAGAACCGCACCGGUGUGAUGUCGACCGUCAACAUGGUGCCGCUGUUCCUGCUGGCCGGGAGAAACAAUCCUUUGAUAGGACUGUUGGGAAUCUCAUUCGACUCGUUCAACUUGGUUCAUCGCUGGUUGGGAAGGAUCGUGGUGCUUGAGGCAUUGGCCCAUACUUUCGCUUGGAUGGUUGGAAAGGCCAUGACAGUUGGAUGGGAAGUGGUCAGGGUGUCCAUCACGACUAGCGCAUUCAUCAUGCCUGGCUUUGUGGCGACCGUUGCAUUUACUUUCCUCCUCCUGCACUCACCUUCGGCCAUCCGCCAUGCGUUCUACGAAACGUUCCUUGUCUUCCACAUUCUAGCCGCAGCCGUGGCCUGUGCCGGUCUUUACUACCAUCUCGCAUACAAGGAGUCUCUCCAGGUCUGGCUCAACUACCUCAAGGUCGCCAUGAUCUUGUGGGGCAUUGACCGCUUCCUGCGUCUGUACCGCCUGGUCAAAGUCAACGUAGGCCGGAAGAUCACGACCGCCCACGUCGAAGCCCUCCCCGGAGAUGCCGUCCGCGUGACCAUCCGCAUGACCCGCCCCUGGAAGUUCCGUCCAGGCCAGCACCUAUACCUCUACAUGCCCAAGGUUGGCCUCUGGACCAGCCACCCCUUCACCAUCUCCUGGAGCGACGACAAGCAGCGCGUCGCCUUCGACGACGAGAAGCUCUCGCUGCACCGCCAAGAUAUCUACCAAUCCGACAAGACCAUGUCGCUGAUCAUCCGGCGCCGCACGGGCUUCACCGACAAGCUGUUCAAGAAAGCCUUCGAGUCACCAGACAAAUCCUUCACGACGACAGCGUUCGCCGAGGGGCCAUACGGCAAGAUCGACACGCUGGGCUCAUACGGCACGGUGGUCCUCGUAGCCGGCGGAGUAGGAAUUACUCACCCGGUGCCGUACGUGCGCGAGCUCGUUGCGGGCUACGCCAACGGCGUGGUCGCAACCCGCCGCAUCACCCUCGUCUGGGUCAUCCAAACCCCAGAGCACCUCGAGUGGAUUCGCCCGUGGAUGACGGAGAUCCUCGCUAUGGAGAAGCGCAGAGACGUCCUUAAGAUCCUCCUCUUCGUCACUAGACCGAAGUCCACAAAGGAAAUCCAUAGCCCCUCCGCUACCGUGCAGAUGUUCCCCGGAAGACCCAACUUCGACACCCUCCUGAACAUGGAGAUCGAAGCGCAAAUGGGCUCGAUGGCGGUAACCGUGUGCGGCGGCGGCUCUCUCAGCGACGACGUGCGCCGCGCCGUCCGCAACAAGCAGAGCAUGGCGAAUGUUGAUUUCAUCGAGGAGGCAUUCUCGUGGUAGUCACUUCGCUUCACUUUGUCGUUCACUUCGUGGUGUAAUAAAGGGUUUCGUUUCUUGUAGUGGGGGCUUUUUAUUUUACUUUACUUGCUCGGCUCGGGCUUUGGCUUUUGGGAUGGAUUACGUACGGGCGUUUUUUGUGGCUUGUUUUUGAGGUGACGGUGGUGUGAAUGGGUGGAUGUGUAGAUUUUGGUUGGUUGCGAGCGUAUAUACUAUACCUGGUGCGAAGAAUGGGAUCACUCCUGGCUGUUGACGGUUGUUCUACGUGUUGAAGAG